UUGAGGAGAGCUCCACUCUGCUGCACUGUGCGUGGAGGACUGAUAAAAUGCCAGGUCUCUACCGCCUCUGGUGAGAACCCCACUGCCUUAUGAUGUGAAGGACCGGAGCCGUGAGCACGUGAACGCAACCCGGUGACGGCAGGAUCUAGAAACAGGAAGCAGGACCGCUGCCUCUGUGGCAUCCACGCUCCGCUUCUGUUGGCUGGGAAUUGGAUUGCAAACCCCCCCCCCCCUCCUGGUCCGUUCUUCUCCAGUCCCUCACUGGUGCCACGCUCCUCUGCUCCUACUCCCCUCUCGUCGAGAAGCACUUUUGGGAAUAUCAUAGCUCCAUGUACAACAAUUUGUACCUGCAUGGCUUUGAAGACUCGGAGGUGGGUUCCGCUGAUUCCUACACUAGCAGGCCGUCAGACUCGGAUGCGUCCCUGGAAGAGGAGCAGGGAGGGCAGCCGGAGCGGGAACAGCAGGCCGCAGUGCAGCUCGAGAGGGCAAAGGCCAAAGCUGUGGCCUUCGCAGUGAAGACCAACGUCAGCUACUGUGGGGCUCUGGACGAGGACGUGCCUGUUGCUGGAGCUGCCAUCUCCUUUGAUGCUAAAGACUUCCUCCACAUCAAAGAGAAGUACAACAAUGACUGGUGGAUAGGGCGUCUGGUAAAGGAAGGCUGUGGCAUUGGGUUUAUUCCCAGCCCUUUAAAACUGGAGAGCAUCCGCCUGCAACAAGACCAGAAGAGGGGGCGCUUCCAUGGGAAGUCCAGUGGGAACUCCUCAUCCAGUCUUGGAGAGAUGGUGUCCGGGUCCUUCAAACCCAAUCCUCCCUCAGCAGCUAAACAGAAGCAAAAAGCGGCAGAACACGUUCCUCCUUACGACGUCGUCCCCUCCAUGAGGCCAGUGGUGCUUGUCGGACCAUCACUAAAGGGGUACGAGGUGACAGAUAUGAUGCAGAAAGCCCUCUUUGACUUCCUGAAGCACAGGUUUGAUGGAAGGAUAUCCAUCACCAGGGUGACAGCAGACAUCUCCUUAGCCAAAAGAUCUGUACUGAACAACCCCAGCAAGAGGGCCAUCAUCGAAAGGUCUAACACCAGGUCAAAUCUGGCUGAAGUUCAGAGUGAGAUCGAGAGGAUAUUUGAGCUGGCUAGGUCUCUUCAGCUGGUUGUGCUGGAUGCAGAUACAAUCAACCACCCAGCACAGCUCAUCAAGACCUCAUUAGCACCCGUUAUCAUCCAUGUCAAAGUAUCUUCUCCCAAGGUCUUGCAGCGACUGAUCAAAUCACGUGGGAAGUCACAGAGCAAACAUCUAAACGUGCAGCUGGUGGCGGCAGACAAAUUGGCUCAGUGUCCUCCAGAGAUGUUUGACGUCAUCCUGGACGAGAACCAGCUGGAGGACGCUUGCGAGCACCUGGCGGAGUACCUGGAGGCGUACUGGCGGGCGACACACACCUCCCUGAGCGUUCCGCUGAACCCCCUGCUGGGCCAGAACCUGGGAUCCACUGCCCUCUCGCCGUACCCCACAGCCAUGUCCACUCUGCAGGGUCAAAGAAACAGAAACAGCAAUCACGCCGGCGACAACUCCCCGGUGGAACGGCGCAGCCUGAUGACCUCGGACGAGAACUUCCACAACAGUGAGCGCCAGCGGAAGAACCGCAACCGGCUGUCGUCCUGCUCACAGCCCAGCCGCGACCACUAUCCGCUGGUGGAGGAGAACUACCAAGACCCCUACCCGGAUACAUACAGACCCCACCGCAGCCGUGGCUCCCCUGGGGGCUACAGUAAUGACUCCCACCGCAGGCUCUGAAGCUGACGUCCUCCCCAGCCGCGCCUCUGGAGCCCGAGUAUCGUCGUGUUUGUCCUUUUCUGAAGUGUAGUAACCUCUAUUCCUUUUGGCACUGGUUCCCACCAGGAGGAAGUCCCUCAUCAUAGAGCUUGGUGUACUUGCCCUUGCGUUAUGAGCCUGUUGUCUGCAAAACGUUUGUUAAAGCAUCCGAAGGUGCAGAAUUCCGCGAUUAAAACACAUCCCAGCAAGAGAGGGAAAUCGCGGUACAGGCCGGGCUGCGGCUCGCUGUCCGGCACCUUGAUUUAACUCUGCGAAGGUGCAAACCAGAGGCCUCCCGGCUCCCGCGGGCCGUGGUGCCUGUGCGUUUGUAGGGUCAGUAGCAGGAAUUUUUGCUCGAGCCCAGAGCCAGCAUGCAGAAACGCCACAGCGCCAGGAGCCAUCGCUAUACAGAUAGCCUUUGUUGCACGUUUGCAGUAGCGUCCAGAGGCAGAAUGCCAUUUUCCGGAGUGUGCCAAAUGUCCAGAGUUGGUCCUCGUUCUGACCUCAGUCCUCCAAAGCCAGUCCACUUCUCAGAGAAGCAUAUUACAACCCUCACAGCUGAGAACAUGCGAGCACCCUCACUCAUUUUAACCCUUAAGAUUUGUUGUGACAAUUAAGUCAAAUAUCAAAGAUUAUGAAUUAGACUUUUACUAGACAGAAAAUUCAUUAUGUUUCCCAAGUUGCAUCCUAAAUUUAUAAUGUAUAAUUCUGAGUUGGUGUUUUUUGAAUAUUCUGAUAUUUGGCAGAAGAAAAAGCAGUUUGACCUGAUAAUAAUCCUGUUGAGUCUGAAUUAGCCUGAGAGAAUAAUUCAGACCAUCUUCAGGAUUUCACCUUAUUUUGUUACUCUCGGUCCUGUUAGUACCAUGGAGUAUGAGGAAUCAAAGAUCAAAUUCUAUACAGAGCAGAGAGGUCAUAUCAUUGCUUACAAAAUACUUAUAUAACAUAAAAUACCAAAAAUACAAUUUGAGAGCCCAGUCAGUCAGUUUGUCCCGUUUCUUUGGAGCCUGACUUUGGAUUGCCCAAUGUGUGUCAGUUAACUGUCAUAUUAAUUAUUUUACGACAGUCACAAUUUUUCCCAAGUUUAUUUUGUCGUUACGUGUCAGAAAUAAGCAUUGUUUGGCCAGAUAUUUGAAAAAAAAAAAAGCAUCUUGUCAAGCAAUAGGCACAGUUGGUGUGACAAGCUGAAUGUAGGGACAUAGUUUUAAACGUGAUUUUUCUGUACCUACUUUUGAUAGAACAAAGCCCAAGUCAGUAUGUUCUUGAUGCUGAACACUGGUAGGCUGCUGUGUAGAUUAAUGAUGCUAACGUCACGUGCUUUCUAAGCCUAGAGAAGAGUACUGUAUGACAGGUGUAAUAGAAAUAGCAUAUUUUGUAAUAUGAAUGUACACUGGGAAUUACUUAACAGUAGAAUGGAGUCAGAUUGAACAAUACCGUUAGUAGAAAGCAGGCAAUCUAGAUUUGGCAUUAAAAUGCUCUUUUAUGAUAAGCAAAAAUGGAUGUUUCUCCUUUUAGGUCUAGAGUGGUCUAACAUGCAUCUGGGGUACAGUAAUGGAGAAAUGGGUAGAUUAUUUCAUUAAGAAGUGUAUAAUACUGUUUAACCUUAGACGCUGCAACCACACAGAAAUGUCCUUCUUUUCGACAGUGGUUGAUCGUGCAUGUUGGUGACUAUAAUGCUCUGUGCAGCAUAACUACCUACAACGUACUAGUAAUGUGGCCUAUAUAUGCUGUUUACUGCUCCUUUAGCUACUAUAUUUGAUUUUGUUUUGUCUUAUGCGAGCACCCUCUGUUUUAUCCAGCGCAUAACCAUUGGUCAUGGUGUUCAGAACUGAGAAGCUGGUGAUUAGUCAGUGGUAGAUAACUGUACAAAGUUUAUUCUUCCAGUGAGGUCAGCAAACGUGCACUAAGCGAUUUCCACAACUGAGCCAAUUUACUACAGUGCAGUUUAGUAAAUGUGUCCUCGCUGUACUGCCACUAGCGGCCGCGUUCUGACUGGCAUAAACUACAGUAGUCCACACUGGGUUCAGACUGUAAUUUACUAUGAAGUACUGCACAUGUGCAAUGUCAUGCCUUUUCAUGGGGCCUUGUGGACACACAGGUAAUUAAAAAAAACUGUAAGACUCAACAAUGUCAUGAAUAUGCUGGAAAUAACUGACUUACUACAGGAAAUACUUUCUUUCAGAGAUAUAAAAUUUCUGUUUUAUAUAUUAUAUAUCCCUAUAUUCUAUAUUAUAAAAAUAUAUUAGUUGCACUGCAAUAUUUAUCAUACGUUGUUACUUAUCACACCUUUAGGCUUGUGUGACCACUGACCUGCUUUUAAUGUAUAGUGCACUUCUAAGUCCCUUUUAGUCCGUUUUAGUGAGAGGGUAUGGACAUACAUUUGUUUGCUCCUUUUCAUUCUGGAGAAUUUUCUAAGGACCUAAAAUAUACUUGUAAAGCCAAGGUGCUAUUUUGUGCACAUCGAUCUGUUAGAAUGUUUCGGUUCAGUAGUCGGUAAUGGAAAGAUUUCUUCUAGGGCAAAAAUCAUCCAGGAUGCAUGGAAUUAACAAGAAAUGAAUCAGAAAAUAUCGUAUACUGCAAACAAAUAUUUUGGUUCAAAUACUGAAUUGAAUUAUUUAAGAGCAACGUUAUUAUUGAUUAAAGCCCCUGUUGGUUAUAUUGAUGUUUAACUGUAUGCCUGUUACGUAUUGUAGCUAAUGCUCAGGGUUCCUAAUAUUGUGCCACAAGUUUGUGACAUAUUGUGUUAAUCUCAGACACGUUUUUACCACGUUUUCUGGUCCAUAUGUUUGAUUGUAGUGUUACGCAGUAACACGUAGUAAACGUAUCCUCUGUGUAGUUUUGUGUCAUUCAGUGCAUUGUUUCACAUGCUUUUAUUUUCGUUUAUGGCUAUGCCUUAACUUUUACAUAACCUUUUUUUGCAAGCCGUUAUGGAUGGUGUCAUGUUCUUAUGUCAUUAUUAGAUUUCUUGGUUGGAGAUCAUUAAAUCGUUUUCUUAAUGUUAUGUACUGGCAGACAAAAGUCUAAAUAAAACUCUUCCAAAUGCAGUCUACAUAAUUUUAGGUUAUAAUGAUGCGUGACGCAACGCUGCGCUGCUCUGUACGGGGCGCUUCUGCUUGGCGUGGGCCGCUGUUCAUUUGUGGGAAGUCAUGUCGGUAAUACCGAGGGAUAAAUAUGGAAUCGUAGUAGAAUUUCCUAUGCAAAUGUGUACAGUGCUGCAUGCUGAUGCUUUACGCUUUAUGCUGCACGCUACGCGGUCCAGAAAGCGCGUCUUUAUUUUUGUGAAGGGUGACGUUCAAGAGUAAUGCAAGACUGCAUGCGUUAUACUCCAUUUUGAUUCAUCCAGUCAAUGGAGGCUGGUAUGUUCUAUGUCAUAACAUGAACUGAGCUGCAUCUGUUUGAUGUUUUCUUUCGUAAAAUAAAUGGAAACCUUUAGGACCUUG